ACUGACAAUGCACUAUAAACAUGAUAUUUGUUGUUUGUGAGCGAGGAACAAAUCUGCAUUCCAUCUUCAUAAUUGUUUACAUCUGCCAUUGGUUGGAGCUUCAAACCUAUUGUUUGCACAGACAUUGGGUGAUAUUGUGCUGGGUUAUUGUACAUGCAAAGCUAUAGAGAGAUUUGACUGAAAAUCCCUUUCAGUUGAUGAGAGACCCGAGAGGACUAGUACAAGUGAGGGACAGCUUGGUGACAGAAUUUGUCCUAUGUCCAUCUCUACUGACCGAUUGCUGCAGUGUUCAGACUGAGUUCAGAAGUGAAUUUGGUCACACAUAUAUGGAGUUUGUCACAAACAGUGGCGACUAUUGCCAGGCUCAACACGUAUAAUUUGUAGGAGAAUUAGGGAAUUGUUCAGUGGCUGCCAAAUUCUCGGUGCUUCACCCCUCAUUUUACUAUAUUGUGGAUCACUUUUGUUUUGUCAAACACUGAUGGGGUAAUUGUGCUAGCUACUGUGGGGACUUUGGAUUCCACCCAUUUGUCUUUCAUCUAGAAAAAAAAUUUCAUGUACAUGAUGGGAUUUUCCUAAAUCUCGUUUUCGAGUGACUUGGAAACAAGAUUUCUUGCAUGUAAAAUUAUAAAGCACUGUCAGCUGCCCUGGAACAGCUUUAUUUAUUUUUCGAUUUGGAGUAAAAUCUCAUUUGUAAAUGACCGCCAUGAAAGCCAGGCGCCCAGAACCCGCUGAAAUCGAGUUCAAGAACAUGCGUUUCUUGAUCAUGGAUCGCCCAACUGACUCGACAAUGGAUAAGUUUAUUGAGGAAUUGAAAAAGAGGAGAGUUAAAGAUGUAGUUAGAGUUUGUGAACCAACUUAUAAAACAGAAAAACUAGUGCAAGAGGGAAUUCGUGUAUUGGACUGGCAGUUUGAUGAUGGUAAUCCACCCCCUGGAGAAGUGGUUGAUGAAUGGUUCAAUCUGCUCAAGACCCGCUUCAAAGAGGAACCAGGCUGUUGUGUGGCCGUUCAUUGCGUGGCUGGACUUGGGAGGGCACCAGUCCUAGUAGCCCUUGCACUGAUUGAAUGUGGAAUGAAGUAUGAAGAUGCAGUUGAAUUAAUCAGAGAAAAGAGACGGGGAGCUAUCAAUGCCAAGCAGUUAAUGUUUCUGGAACACUACCGUCCAAAGUCUCGAUUGAAGCAGCGUGGUAAUGGACAUAAGCAAUGCUGUGUAAUGUAGCUCUAUCAAUUUGGAAAGCUUGUCUUUAGUAGCAGCCAUCAUCAAUUAAUUCUUUUAUUUCAUACUAAACAUGCUGAAUUUGUGAUAUGUACAUCUUUUAAAAAAAAAAAUUGAAGUAUUUUUUGUUGAUAUUCCAAUUGUUUCAUGUUGUAAUUAUUUAAAUUAUCCAGUUUAGUGUGUUAUUCAGUGUUCUGUACAUGAAAUGCCAUAAAUGAAUUGGAAUGUGUAUAAAAUAUCCAGCUUUUACUUUUGUAAUCUGUUAGAAGAAUUUCUAUUUGUCGAGCCAUUGGGAUAACUUUAUUUUGCUCAGUUAUAUCAUUUGACCAUUUGUCUGAGAAAAUUGACAAGCUUACAGUACCAUCCCCCACCCCUCACCCAAAUUAAAAAGGGAAUUUUUUUGACACAUGGUGUGUUGGAGUCAGCUGUUUUACAAACAUUAUUUGUUUGCGAUAUUGUCAAGUCCAGUAAACUACAUACUUGCCAUGCAGUGUUUAAGAUGUAGAAUUGUGUUCAAGAAAUAUAAAUUAUUACCACACAUAAGUAUCACACAACUCAUUUAGUUAACACUGCUAUGUAUGUGUACACAGAUAUCUGUCAUGUUCUCUCUGUCAUCUCUUAUAUUCAGAGGAGGAUUUCAUUGUCCAUAUAAACUGUAAUAAGGCUUUUAAAUCAUUUUGGUGAUUGGUUUUUAGUCUCCAAAUCUUUUUGUUAUUCAUUGUAAUGACUUUUUGAAGAUAAAUCUGCUGCCAUUGUGCUAUUUUAAAAUUGUAUUUUUAUUUGAAUGGAUUGUAAAAUAUAUUUUUGAUUCAAAACAUUUAAUUUUCUAAUACCUAUACAUCAUAAUAUCAACAAAUAUAUGGAGAUGGGUGAAACCAAUAGUUGUUAAAAAAAACAACAUAUAAUUAGACCUAUGGUUUGUUGAAUACAUGGAUCAUAUAUUUUCAUGGAAUACAGAAGUAGGUUAUCUCCCAUCAGACCUCACAGUUUUAAUACAACAUUGCAGUGGAGGAGAUCACUCAUAGCAUUGGACUUUGUAUUGGUGCUUCCCCCUCCUAAAAUCUUAUGUUUGUCAGAAAUGUAACUUUUAAUGUUUUACUAUGGCCCUUGGUAUUUAAUAGGUUAUGAAUGCCUUUAUUAUAUAUUUUUUCAUUUGCAUCAUUACUAUUGGUGUACAUAUAUAUAUAAGUUAUCAGUAUGUAUGUUAAGGGCAAUAAAAAUUAAUUUCAAAAUUGAAAA